GAUUGGGCUCUUAGAGAAAUGAUUAGAAGAUGGGUUAAUAAUUAUAGGGAAUAUAAUAAAGAACCUGAUAAAUCUUCUAAAACUCAAAAAUCUAGAAAACAUAAGAAAUCUAGAAAUUCCAUGGAAUUAGAAUCUACUUCAUACAAUAAUCAUACAAGUGAUGUUGAAGAAUCACAAAAUAAUUCUGGUGACUUUACUUCAAUAGAAACACUACAUUCUGAUCAUAAAAAUGACGCUGAACAAGAUGAUCCCAAAUUGGAAUCUAACAAUAUGACUACAAAAAAAAUGCUUAUUAAAGCAAGAAACAACAAACAUAAGGUUAAUGAAGUAUUUACUUUGAGUAAGCAAAUUUUAAUUGUAAAUCAUUUAACAAGACAUCCCAAAAGAAAAUUCUCAUUUGUCUAACAAAAUCAUUGAUAUUCAAGAUGAUGAUAAAAAUGACGAAAUUUCUUUAAAAAGAAAAAAUCCUGAAGAUUCUUCCGUCACUCCAACCAAUAAUUCUUCUGACAAUAAGCUUGUUGAUCUAACCAGUAAAUGUAAAAGAAAAAGGAGUAAUUCUACACAAAUUGAAUCUACAAGUGCAAAUAAUGAUCUUUAAAAACAAAGAACCCGCCGUUCCACUCGAAUUAAGACUACAAGUACAACAAGUGUUAA